GUUCCUAUGCCUGAAGCUGAGGAUGAGGAAGCCACUGUCACCACAUCAAAUGAGGUACUGAAUGAAGUCACCAGAGAUUAUGAGGAGUACAGCCUUGUGAUCUUCAGUGAGGUCUCUGAGUGCCUGAAGCUCAUCUUUGGCAUUGAUGUGAUAGAAAUGGACCCUUCUACUCACUCCUACAUUCUUGUCAUUUCCCAGGGACCACCUAUGAUGGAAUGGUGCAUGGUACACCAAUGUGGGCCCAAUGUGGGCCUCAUAAUAAUGGCCCUGUGUGUAAUCUUCAUGGAGAGCAACUGAGUCAGUGAGGACAUGUUCUUGGGGGGGCGGUGUUGAAUUUAUAUUAAGAAUAUUUUGUAUUUAGGAAGCAUAGGAAACUCAUCACCGAGGAUUCUGUGCAGGAAGGAUAUCUGGAAUACAGGCUGUGCCUGACAGCCAUCCUGUUCACCAUGAGUUCCUGUGGGACCUAAGAGCACAUGCCAAAACUGCCAAGAUGAAAGUCUUGGGAGAUUUUGCCAGUCACUAGGAGAGAGUCUCGAUCUGACCCGAUGAGGUAAGCAGAGGCUUUGAGAGAUAACGGAGAGAGGCCUAGGCCAGAAUUGCUCAGUAGGUGCUACGGCUGCCCUGACCAACGUAAAUUGUAGUGCACUAGCAGUUUCCAACCAACAGAAGACAGGAAGAGUCAGCGAUA